CGAAGACGGGUAGAUACUUGAUUCUGUUAGUUGAUUACAAAUAUGUUUACUGGUCUUGUUGAAAUUAUGGGCACUGUCUCCUCCAUCAAGGAGCAAGACAACACUGAAUCCGGUGGAAAUGGUUGGACAAUUACUGUUUCUGACGCUGCCGAAAUUUUAGUUGACUGCCAUCUUGGCGACAGCAUUGCCAUCAAUGGUACAUGUUUGACUGCAACUGAAUUCGAUACGGAUUCUUUCAAAGUGGGCGUUGCACCUGAAACAUUGAGAUGCACCAACUUGGGUGAUUUAAAGGUCGGCGACAAGGUCAACUUGGAGCGCGCUAUGGAUUCUAAGAAGCGUUUUGGUGGUCAUAUGGUUCAAGGCCAUGUUGACAACACUGUCAAGAUCAUAUCUAUCAAGCCUGAAGGAAAUUCGAUCUGGUAUACUGUCCAAAUGGAAGAAGAGGAUAGAGAUAAGAUGAGAUAUGUGAUUCCCAAGGGAUUUAUCUGUUUGGAUGGUACUUCUCUUACCGUAUGUGAUGUGAAUGAUCAAGAGAGAACCUUUUCCAUCAUGAUGAUUGCUCAUACACAAACUCAUGUCAUCAUGCCUUUAAAAACCAUCGGUGAUAGAGUCAAUGUUGAGUUUGAUAUGUUGGCCAAAUAUGCUCUCAAGAGUUUAGAACAUGCUAUCAAAACCAAUGAAGGUAUUGAAUCAUUAGUAAAGCGCGUUGUAAAGGCAUAAGUUUAAUAAAAGUUAUCUGAUUUAUUGUUGUUUGUUGUA